AACGAAAUGGCAGAGUCGUAAAUAUGAGUCAAUGGCUCAAGUCUACUGAGAGAUCCAUCCGACCAUAAAAGAGGGAGGGAGCCAUAGAGAAGCGACUCGGUCAUUUCAAUAGCCAUGUCGAACGCCGAGCAAGUCAUCAGCAGAGGAGCGUCGAGUAGCAGCCGCUCCGUUGUCGGAGAAGGAACGGCGGCUGAUGAUGAAGAGGUUACAGUAACAACGGAGGAGGAGGUAGUACGAUCGGGAACGCUGUUGGAACUGGAUCUUCUCGAUUGUCCCGUUUGCUGUCACGCACUGACGACCCCUAUCUUUCAGUGUGACAAUGGACACAUAGCCUGCUCGUCUUGCUGUACUAAACUGAGGAACAGAUGCCCUUCUUGCACUUUGCCCAUUGGUGUCUAUCGAAACAGAAUGAUGGAGAGAGUUGUGGAAGCCAUCAUCGUCCCUUGCCCUAACGCAAAACAUGGCUGCACCGACAAGUUCUCUUACGGCAAAGAGUUGGUCCAUGAGAAGGAAUGCAGUUUCGCUUUAUGCUACUGUCCUGCGCCACACUGCAACUACUCCGGCCUGUACAUUGAUCUCUACCGUCACUACUAUGCUAACCACAGUUGCCCAUGGGAAUAUUUCAGGUGUGGCUAUGAUGGGCAGGCGUGGAUGCACAUCAGUGAUGAGAUUUUAGUUCUUCAGGAAGGUAGAGAAGGUCCGUUGGUUGCGAUUCAAUGUUUUGAGGAAGAACAAGGAGUGUAUGUGACCGUGAACUGUAUAACUCCUUGUUCUCCUGGAGUGUCGGAGUUCUCCUUUCAACUCUCUUACUCGGCGUACGGAAACGCAGCUAGAUCCAUGUCGUUUGGAAUGGGUGAGAUGAAUAGGAUUCAGAAAGUGAGCUUCGAAACUCCUGACAAGGACUUCAUGUGUGUUCCUCACUAUUUCUUGGAUGGGGAGACUAGUUUGAAGAUGAAUAUUUGCAUCCGCCGAAGAGAGAAGAAGAAGGAGAAGAAAAGAAAACAUGAUGAGGAGACUGAAGUUGUUGACAAAGUUCUCAGGAGAAGAAGAGGAGGGAACGAGGAAGGAGUAUGAUUGUAUGAAGUUUAAUAUGCUUUUGGAUUGUGUAUGAACUUUAAUGUAUGAAGAUUUAAUACGCUUAUGGAUUCUGUAAAAUAUAUGAAUUUAUGUUGAAUAUAAAUUUUACUAAGUUUAGUAUGAUUUUUA